ACGACAGUCAGACGAGCCCGGCUCAUUCUGAACCUGUCCCCCUGCAGAACCGUAUGGCGAUGUACCAGGCGGCGGUCUCCAAACAGGAUAGACCAGAUAUCUCCAGCCAGGUCAUGGAAGAAGCUGAGGUUUGCUCUUUGCCUGGGGGUCUUGCCAGCAUCCGUAGACAGUUUGAAAAUGAAGCGAUGUCCUCUACUCACACGGUCAACGAGUUUCACCUCUCACACAGAUCUGUGCAGGAGGUGUCUAAUUCAUCAGCGAUGAGUGUGGUGAGCAGCAGCGGGGGUCGACAUGUCUCACAGCAGGUCUUCCUCAAGGAUGAAACGGUACGGGCAUUUCCGAUAGCCAAUGGGGAGGAAGCUAUUUCCAGUUAUGAAAAUCAUCAUAAUGAAACUGAGGAGGAAGAGUACUUUCCACGACUCUCAACUAAAGAACUGGCACAGCGUUUUGAAAAAACUAUUGAGGAAGCAGCCCCAAGCAAGAAAAUUAAGAUUGAACGUAACAACAGCCACUCACAGCUGGCAUCAGAUGUGAAUGUAUCCCAUCAAGCUGUGCAGAGCGAGAUAUCAAAAACUUUGAACAGUGUUGAAAAAGACAAAGUGGAGGAGGGUGAAUCAAGCCCUUUGCCUGCUUUUGAUGAUGAUGAAGAUGAUUAUUUGGAAUAUCUGCCACCACCCCCACCAGACUUACUAGAGGAAUUCCCAGAAGAAGCAGAGGAUUUCCCAGAACCCCCAAUUUACCCAGUGAAGCACACAAUGAACCGAGAGCAAUACUAUACACAAAGAGAACUAUCAGAGCUAAAACGACUCUGCAAACACAUUCACCCAGAUGUCAGGAAAGACUUAGAAAGAGAUUUCUAUAACGACGAGAUGGAUGAAGAAAUUGAAGCUGUAGGAGAUGUUCAGGAGGCAGCAUACCAGUUUGAACACACUGGUAGCGUUUCAAAUGAAAGCCCAGAACACGAAUACCUGGAGUGGGAUGAGAGUCUAAGAGGUGAGGUGCAGUCCAUGCGCUGGAUGUUUGAGAACAAACCUUUGGACUGUAUUAAGGAUGACUAUUUAGAUAAUGAGGAGGACAGUGAGGUUCAACAGGAAAUCAUCGUGAGGGGUGAUGUGAAGAACACCGCUUUGAUGUUCGAGACGCAGCCCAUGGAUGCACUGGGGCUGGAUCGUGAUUCAGCUAAACGCAACUAUUUAGCGAAUAAAGUCGGAAAGAAAGAUGUUCGUGCGGCGGCCUGGUUGUUUGAAACAAAGCCAAUGGAUAAGCUGAAUAAAAUUCAUGCUGAUGAAGAGCAAACCAAAGAAGUCAUCUUCACACAAGAGGCAACCGAAGGGGAUGUGAAGUCUGUAAGGUAUAUGUUCGAAAACCAGGAGAUGGACUCUCUUGGCGACACGGAAACUAUGGACGAGAAGCAACUUCUAAGUCUCAAGUCUGUGCUGGAGGAGAUCAAAUCAGAAGUGAAGAAGGUGAUAUGGAUGUUUGAGACUCAAUGCAUUUGUGUAAUGAGGGAGCACUCAGGUGCGAUGGUUCUUAUUAAAUCUGUCCGAAGAGAGGAAACAGAAAAAGGUAACAUCAAAACAUUAAGGUGGCUUUUUGAGACCCAGCCUUUGGAUGAGAUUGAAGAGGACCUUUCUCACGUUCGGCUCAUUUCCAGCAUUUCCAUGGAGGACAACAAUCUGGGUGAUGCAAAAAGGGGAAGAUGGCUGUUUGAGACAAAGAGUCUUGACUCCAUAAAUGUACAGUGGGAAAGACUGCAAAAGCAGCAGAAAGAAGAGAUUCUUGGGGCAGAUGUACGCAAACACUGCAUGGUAUUCGAGACUCAACCGAUGGACACGCUGAAAGACAAUUCCAACUCUAGGCCUGUCACCACAGAGCAGAUUAUUGGAGGCAACGUUCGCUCUGUUAGACACUUAUUCGAAAGUGCUCCACCGAGUGAGCUAAAAGAACUGCCAGAGGUGGGAAAGUUAAAUAAAAAGGUUGAAUUUGAGGAAGGAAAAUGUGAUGUUAGACACCAGAGGUGGUUAUUUGAGAAUAAGCCUUUGGAGAACAUCAAAGAUGAGGAAGAUGAGGUAUGCCAACUUAAGGAAACUGUAGCACCUAAUGAAGAAAGAGGUGAUGUCAAACAUCAAAGAUGGCUGUUUGAGAACCAGUGUUUGGAAGAUAUUAGAGAGGAAAAGAGAAAGUUUACAAAAACAAUCGAGACCGAACAAACAGAUAAAAUUUACAGGGUUGAUGUCCGGCGAAAUUGUUGGGUGUUUGAGACGCAGCCAAUGAACACGUUAAAGGAUGAUUCAAAUGACAAACCAGUAGACACAGAGGAAAUUAUAGGCGGUGAUGUUCAAUCAGCCAGAAACUUUUUUGAAACUGCGCCAAAAGAUGAGAUGAAGGAGCUUGCAGAGGUGGGGAAACUCAAACAAAUGGUGACAUCUGAGGAGAGGGGCGAUGUUAGACACCAGAAAUGGGUGUUUGAGAGCCAGCCUCUCGAGCAGAUCAGAGAGGAAAAAAAGAAAAUGACAAGAAUGGUGAAUGUGGAGGAUAUUGAAAAUGUUGAUGUAAGCAAUUGCAAGAAAAUCUUUGAGACUUACGACUUAAGCCAAUAUGAUGAAAGUCAGAAGAUUCAAGUUGAGGGUGUCACCACCGGAUCUGUGCAAUCAAAUAAAGAUCUGUUUGAGUCAAUGCCUUUGUAUGCCAUACAAGACAGCUCAGGACAUUAUCACGAAAUCAGAACCGUACGACGAGAAGAAAUUGUCAAAGGAGACGUCAGAAGCUGCCAAUGGAUGUUUGAAACUCGCCCUAUUGACCAAUUUGAUGAAAGUGUCACCAAAUUCCAAAUCAUAAGGGGCAUAACUCAACAAGAGGUUGAAUCUGGGGAUGUUAAGACAGCAAAAUGGCUUUUUGAAACCCAGCCGCUCGAUGCUAUUAAGUAUUUUAGCAAUAUCGAAGAUGAGGAGUGUGUUACUAGGGAAACGACAGAAAUAGUGAAAGGUGAUGUUAAAACUUGUAAGUGGCUUUUUGAGACCAAACCUAUGGAUACGCUUUACGAAAAAGAAGAGUUUAAAAGUGAAAAAGAUUGUGGCGACAUUCAAAAAGGUGACGUGAAGACAUGCACUUGGCUUUUUGAAACGCAAACUCUUGAUGCCGUACAGGAUAAUUCAGAGACGGUGUUGAAAACUCGCACUGUGAAACAAGAUGAUAUUCAAGGAAAAGAUGUACGCAUGGCACGCUUCCUGUUUGAGACUGAAAACUUGGAGGACAUUACUGGUGAAGACAGGGGAGCCUUCAAGAGAGUGACUGAGAUAGACAUUCAGUCUGGGGACGUGUCUCGGAUGAAAUACAUAUUUGAGACCCAAUCUUCAGAUGUGAUGAGUUCAACCUCUGAGGACUUCAUGAGACAGCUGAGGAGUGUUCAGUCUGAGGAUAUUCAGAAAGGAAAUGUUGGAAACCACAAAUGGCUGUUUGAAAACCAGCCCAUAGAUGCAAUCUCCGAGACCCCUGGUGAGCUGAAAACAACCCGCACUGUACAAGACAUUCAGGGAGGCAAUGUAGAUAAAGGCAGAUUCAUUUUCGAGACCUACUCCUUAGAUAAGAUUCAAGACGAGCCCAAAAUGAGAAAAAUCCAGAAAGUCAUCCGAGACAAGGAGGAGAAAGGAGAUGUAAAAAGCUACGCCAUGAUGUUUGAGACUCAGCCUCUUUACGCCAUCCAGGACAAAGAAGGUUAUUAUCACGAAGUGACCACACUUACAAAAGAGGAAAUACAAAGAGGUGAUGUGGUGGGAACCCGCUGGCUGUUCGAAACAAAGCCUCUGGACUCAAUUAGAGACACAGAUGAGGUCUACCUCUUAAAAUCUGUUACAGAGGAAGAUGUCCACAAAGGUGACGUCAGCUCAGCGAGGUGGCAGUUUGAAACCCAACCCCUGGAUAAGAUCGCAAAGGAUGACAAAAUAUCAAUCAAAACUGUCAAAGACAUUAAAGGGGGGGAUGUUAAGACAAACAAAGAGCGUUUCGAGUCUGAUAAAAUGUCUCAAAAGCUGGUGCGUACUGUUAGCAUGAGUGAGAUUAAUAAAGGUAACGUUAGGACAGCAAAAUGGAUGUUUGAAACUCACACAAUUGAUCAGAUCCACUAUGAAAGUUCAGAGGAUGAAAUAAAUACAGUUGUUUUGGAGGAGGAGCUGAAGGGGGACGUCAAACAAUCUGUUUGGAUGUUUGAGAAGAAUCCUCUUGAUCAAAUUAAAGAAAGUGAAGAAACUAAACAGGUGGUGCAUGAAGAGAUCCCCAGAGUGGACGUAAAAAUGACAACAUGGCUUUUUGAAACCACUCCAUUCCCUGAUUUCAAUGAGAGCAGUUUGGAGAAAAAUGAAAUUGUUGGUAAAAGUGUCAAAGCAACCCUCGAUGAACUAUAUACUCAGAAAAUGGUAGACUCAAAAGGCAUUAUUAUUGAGGCAGAUGAAAUUGGAGAUGUUCGCAUGGCUAAGUACAAUCUAAUGAAUAAAGAGGCUCCUCAGAUCCAGAAAGAAGAAAUCAUCAAAAGUGAUCUACAAAACAUCAUGAUGAACCUCCUAAACAGACAGGAGAAAAAUGAGAGGGCAAUCAUUAUAAAUGCAGAGGAGAGAGGGGACAUCAGUGGCACAGUGCAACAGCUGCUCCACCAGCACAGUGACACCACUGUGGAGAAAGAGGAGAUAAUAAGAGGUGACAUUGAGGAAGCCAUAAACAACCUACUCAAAGAGGAGAGCACUGGAAAACGGGGUAUUCUCAUUCAGGAAGAUGAAAUGGGGGAUAUUCAUAUGACCAUUUACUCUUUAUUCAAUACACAUGAAGAAUCGACCACUUUGAAAGAAAAUAUAGUCGGCGGUAAUGUGAAAGGGUGCCUAGAGAGACUUUACAAUCCAGACACAGAGGAGAUUGAGAGAAUUAAAGUGGAUGAAGCAGAAAGGGGAAAGGUGAGGUUUUAUUCUACGUGUAUCGAAUCGGGUGCACUGGAUUACCUCAGAAAGCUGCAGGUAGGGCCAGAUGAGACUGAGCCAGGUAAAAUUGAAAAAGAGGAAAUCAUUGGCUGUGAUAUUGAAGGGACAAAACUCAGCCUGACACGUAAUCAGACAGAAAUCGGUCGUCUGGUAGACAGGGAAGAUAUAGUCCCAGGCGAUGUUCAUAACACUGUCAAGGUUUUCAUGACGGAGCCUCCAGUCUCAUUUGAGCAUUUAAAUAAAGAAGAAAUAAUAAGAGGGGACUUACAAGCAGCUAUGAACUCACUGACACAGUCCAUAAACCAGACGGUUGUUCUGGAGAAAGAAGAAUUAGUUAGAGGUGAUCUACCUACAACCCUUAGGUCUCUUGAGGAGGCCCAAAAUCAGAUGAGAGAGGUAGAGAAACCAGAAAUCAUUCCUGGUAACAUCAAAGGAGCACUGAAGUCACUCAAAGACUCUGCUUCCACCAAGGUGGAAAUAGUCUUAGAAGAUUUAGUACCAGGUGACAUCAAAGGUAUGUUAAAAUCACUAGAGGAGGCCAGACAUGCCGUGAAAGAGGUAGAGAAGGAGACAGUUGUUAAGGGUGACGUUCACACAGCAAUACAGAGUCUGCAAGAAGCUUCUAAUGAGAUAAAGGCUUACCAGCAGGAUAUUGGUGUCCAGGGAGAUGUGAAAGGAAAGAUUCAACUCUUAUUCGAGCCUCCUCCAUCUCCCAGAAUGCAACGUAGGGCAAGCACAGAGGGUGAUGUGAAGCUUUCCAUAAAAGCACUCUAUGAGACCCAAGAGCAAGUGCAAUCGGAGAAAGAGGAGGUGAUAAAGGGGGAUGUAAAGGGCACAAUAAAAUCCUUAAUGGAAACAGCACAGAGAGCAAGUCCAACGAUUCCCCGGAGGAAGCCGAAAAGAAAGGUCAAAGUUCCUGUCAAAACCCUGUCUCCAUCUGUAAAGGAGAUCCAGACACAUAGGCCCACCCCUGCAGUUAAAAACCUUGAUAUAAGCUGUGAAUCACAGAGGAAUGCUCAAGAGCAUGCAACUGCCAAAUCAAUGCACGACAGAUAUACAUCUCAAGAGAGUCAAACCACAACACACAGCCAGGAGACAAAUACCACUGUGUUGGAACAAAAAACGAUAAUUCAAACACACGCUGUCAAAACUUUAAAGACGGACUUCCGUAACCUCAAAAGUAGUCGUAAGGGUUUAAUCAGACUGGAUAAAGCAAAAGAAAAGCAACAAGAAAUUUGCAUACCACCUCCACCAUCUGAGCCCGAACCACCUCUGCCUCCCCCUCCCUCACCCCCUCUCGAUUAUGAUAGCAUCUCUUUCCCCACUCCUCCUCCGAGCAUCAGGGGUGAUCAUGAUCUUCCUCCUCCCCCUACUCCGCCUCCUCCUCCAAUUUGUUAUCCAGCAAAGUCAGAACUUGACCCUUUACCUCCUCCACCAACACCACCUCCUCCUCCUUUGCCCACAGCAGAGCAAGAUAUCCUCCCUCCCCCUCCCACUGAGCAGGAGCUAGACCUCCUCCCGGCACCCAGCAUAACACCAACUAAACCCACUAAAAUGACCGUCAAACCCAUCAAAAUGCCUACCUUGUGCAAAGUACCCAAGCUUGAGCCUGCUAUUUCAUUUGACAAAAUGGACAUACAAGCUACAAAAAAGACCAAGAGUGCUGAAAUGGUGAAAAACACCAUCGGAGUACUGACUCAAAGCACCACCUCAUCAGUCAAAUCCACUCUGAUCUCCUCUGAUUUUCAGUCAGCUUUUACAAAGCAGCCACCAGAGUCUCCACGGCCUCCCAAGAAAGUUUUCGCCCCCUUGAGACUCACCCCUCCCGUCUCUCCCCCACCAAGCAUAUCCCCCACAAGCAAGUUCAAAACCCCAUUAAUACAAGCCGAGAACAAAUACAGACAGCAAAGGGAAGGGAGCUGCACGCCACCACGCUCCCCGGCUUUUGAAAUUCACAUGCAGAAGUCUGUGAGCGCAGCCCUUGAAAUGCUUUCUUCUGAGAGCACGGACACAGUGCAAUCAGAGGCAAGCUUAUCAUUUGAUUUCACUCAAGAGAGAGCUCAAAAGAGUGUGACCAAAUCUGAAUCAGCCACAGAUUCAUCCAAGCACCCACAUCUCUCAGAUGCUCCCCCAAGCAAGGCUUUGAUCACUGCUGCAAAUGAGAAAUCUCCUUCACAAUCUCCUGUUAUUUCCUCAGCUAAAAACAACAUUAUCUCUAAUCAGCCAUCGCAAGCCUCUUCAGGUCAGCAGCAGACCACCUCCACUUCAACUAAGAAGAAAAAGAAGAGAUCCAUGGCAACCAAUAUACAACAGGUGACAUCUGUUACUCAAACAAGGACAGUUAUUAACAAUACAACACAAGCAUCUGAAGGAGUAAAGGUGUCUGUCACAAAUGACAAGCCUCAGACUAAAAAUGUGCCUGUGCAGGGUACCACUGAGGCCAAGACUGUUGGAAAAGAUUUUACAAGCAGCACUCAAAAUGAAGAUGGAUCCAUGUCUGAAGAAAAAACAGAGGAGAGCAUGCCAAACAAAAAUCAAGAAAAGGCUAACAGUCAAAAAGCUAAGAAAGUUAGUAACAGUGCUAAGCUGGAGAGUUUGGUGAAAACAACAGUGGAACAGACACAGAGUGUGAAAGUUAUACAUUACAAUGAGAGAAAAGAAAUAGAUGGUAAAGUGGAAAAGGAGGCCAAAGAGAAACCUGUUGAGGAGCCCCUCGCCACUCCAAAAAAGAAAAGGAGGGGUAAAAAUAAGAAAGACAGGGAGGUGGCUCAGCAAGUGCAAAGUAGCACCACCAGUGAAGCAUCCACCUUGCCCACAGAGGCCAAGCCUGCUGAGCCAAAAUGGCCAGUAUUAUCAUCCAAUAAAAAGCAAGAGGAAGUCACAGUUGUGCAAAAACUGCAGAACUUUCGAGGGGAACACUCAGAGGUUUACAAGGAGGUCAUCAUUACUGAGAGUACAGUCCAGCAGCAGAGUUUCCAUGAGGAGGACACAGCUGUGAAACUUCAAAAGCAGGACAACGGCAAGCAGCAGAUUCCAGAGAAAUCGAAAGAUAAAAGCCGAAAUAUUCCAAUAAAAAUGGCAGGAAAUUCUGCACAAAGGGAGCCUGCUGAGUCCUCAGUGGAGAGCGUUGGCACACUGUUAAGGCAUGCUGAAGCUCAAAAGAUGUUGUCUCAUAUCACAGACUUACAGGGUGCGGAAAAAAAUGACUUUAAGUCUGUGAAGGCAUGGCUUACUGAAAUGCCAGCCUGGCUUCUUGGGCCAGAAGAGAAAAGUGAUUUGGAAAGAGCAGCAGCUGAGCCCAAUGAACAGAAGUUCAAAGAAAUUCUUGCUCACAUAAAAAUACUUAUUGAAACUAAACUAACAAACUUCGAUGGAAGUUCUGACACUAUUGAAAAGCAUGAAUGUAAUGCCACAUCAGAAAAAUUAGUCUCUGCUGGAGCAACACAAAGAAUUUCCAAAAUAACCAUUGGUUCUACAAAGUGUGAAAAACAAAAGAUAGUCAAACAACACAAAAGCCGAAAGCAGCAAAACAGCGACAAUAAAACUCUAGACCUCAGAGCUCCAUCUCCAUCAUUACGAAUGCGCUCUGCCUCACCCACAUUCAUCACCAUCGAGUCCACGAGGAGAACUGACUCCCCCCAGACAGUGCCACUUUUGCCUCUGCCAACGGCGCCAACACCUCCACCACGCAUAAGCAGAGCCUCUCCAUCACCCUCCUCGAGCAGGGCGGAUAGUCUGACACGACUACGAAAUGCAACAGCAACACUCUCCCGCGGAGCCUCGCCCGAUUCAUUGCCUCGCGUAGUGCCGGUCACCGGAAAGAAGUCUGAAAUCAUAGAAUCUCCUGCCACGUUCCAUCGACAAAUAAAAAUAGAUUCUAAACCUGUUGAAGAGAAAAAGGCCAAAGAAAAGACAUUCGGAUCUUCUGAAAUGGCAACGGUGACAUUGUUAGUUUCUGAGGGGGCUCAAAAAGUUAAAGGGAAUAAAACUAACAUACAGGGAGAUGCCAUUGAAGUUCCAGAGCAUUUAGGCCUCAAGGAAGACACCAAGUCAGAGAGUCAAGUGAAAGAGAAAGAAAAUCGCUCCAAGGUGGAGCUUUUUGAGCUGGGCAACAAAAUUGAGACUUUGGCAGAGAAAGGUGUUAUUAAAAAAGACCAAACUGACAAAAAAGAGAAGACUGGCAGUGACCUGGAGCAUGAUAUGGAGAAGAAAGCAAGUCAACAAGAGGAUAUGCCCGCUUUCAACUUUAAGGAUAUUAAAAAUGUUUUUGAAAUGGGUGAGCAAAGUUCCCACAUCAAAGAGCUACCAAACAAACAGGAGGAACAGGAGUCAAGAGUGAUUGAAAUUAUGUUUGACGGUUCAAAGCCUGAGAUUCCUCCAGAGAGGGAACAAUGCACCCUGCAGAGCUCCCCGCCGUCUGUGUGCAAAGUAGUGAAAGUAGACACGUCUGUCGAUCCAACAGGCUUUUCGGAGACAAAAACAGUCACUGAACAAUAUUCCUCUGUUGAUGGAUACGGCAUAAAAAUGAUCGGGUCAAGAAGCUCUACAACAGUUUCCAAACACACUCAAAAUGUUACAACGCAAAGGGUGCCUUUCUCCUAUGCUGAUGCUGUGAAGAAAAAAACAACAGAGGUGAAGGUUUCGCCCGAGGCCUCUGCUGAGGAACUGAUGAAGAAUUUCCACAAGACGUGGACAGAAAGUGAGAAUGUAUUCAAAAGCUUGAGUGUCACAGAUUCGAGUACCAAAGUCCGAGAUGUGUGCAGUGUGCAGGAAGAGGGUGUACCCGAUGGAAGGCCUGAUAGCCGACAAAAAGAAGUUCCAUAAAACCUGUUUUUUAUGUGAACACUGCAAAAGCAAAUUGAGCCUUGGCAACUUUGUCUCUCUCCAUGGACAUUUAUACUGCCAACCACAUUAUAAACAACUCCUCAAGUCUAAAGGAAAUUUCGAGGAUGGGUUUGGACAAGGAUUGCAAAAAGACCAUGAAGGGUCAGACUGGAGAUAUUCACUUUC